GCGUUGAGCCCCCGGAUCCACUGAUUCCCUCCGUGGUUCAGGGGUCCCGUGUCCCUCGACCAUCUUGCUGUACCCACACUACGACUUCGCCACCGCCGCGGGAGACGCCGACGAGCUGGUGUUUAAAGCCCCGCGGAGAGUGCUCGAGUGCCCAGCUCUUUCUCGGGAGCCUAAGCUGCCCUGUCCCCCCGGUUCUUGCUGCUGGAGAGAAGCCAUGAGCUGCAUCCUGAACAGCCUCCUCCCCUUGGGGCUGGUGCUGCUGGUCUGCGGAGCCCAAGGCCUUUUCCUGCCCAAUGUCACCCACUUAGAGAGGCUGCUCAGCAAAUACCAGCAGGACGAGCCCCACUCCCGGGGCCGGAGGGCCAUCCCCAGGUCGGACAAGGAAGAGAUUGUCAUGCUUCACAAUAAACUGCGGGGCCAGGUGUACCCCCCAGCUUCCAACAUGGAGUACAUGACCUGGGAUGAAGAGCUGGCAAAGUCGGCAGCGGCAUGGGCCCACGAGUGCAUCUGGGAGCACGGGCCCACCAGUCUGCUGGUGUCCAUUGGGCAGAACCUGGCCGUCCACUGGGGCAGGUACCGCUCCCCUGGCUUCCACGUGCAGUCCUGGUAUGACGAGGUGAAGGACUACACCUACCCCUACCCCCACGAGUGCAACCCCUGGUGUCCAGAGAGGUGCUCUGGGGCCAUGUGCACCCACUACACACAGAUAGUCUGGGCCACCACCAACAAGGUGGGCUGUGCCGUGAACACCUGCCGGAGGAUGAACGUCUGGGGAGAUGUUUGGGAGAAUGCGGUCUACCUCGUCUGCAAUUACUCUCCAAAGGGGAACUGGAUUGGAGAGGCCCCGUACAGAACUGGCCGGCCCUGCUCCGAGUGCCCGCCCAGCUACGGAGGCAGCUGCAAGAACAACUUGUGUUACCGAGAAGAGACUUAUAACCAAAAACCUGAAACGGACGAGAUGAAUGAGGUGGAGACAGCUCCCGUUCCUGAAGAAAAACACGUCUGGGUCCAGCCGAGGGUGAUCAAACCUGUCAAGCCCAAGAAAACGUCCGCUGUGAAGUACAUGACCCAAGUUGUCAGGUGUGACACCAAGAUGAAGGACAAGUGCAAAGGGUCCACGUGCAACAGGUACCAGUGCCCAGCGGGCUGCCUGAACAACAAGGCAAAGAUUUUUGGGACGCUCUUUUAUGAAAGUCCAUCACACAAAUGCUCCGUGUUUUCCAGAGUUCAUUGUCCAGCGCACUGCAAAGAUGAGCCAUCCUACUGGGCUCCCGUGUUUGGAAGCAACAUCUACGCAGAUACUUCGAGCAUCUGUAAGACUGCUGUGCACGCAGGAGUCAUCGGGAAUGAGAGUGGAGGCUACGUGGAUGUGAUGCCUGUCGAUAAAAAGAAGACGUACGUGGGCUCGCUCAGGAACGGGGUCCAAUCUGAAAGCUUGAGGACCCCACAAGACGGAAAGGCUUUCCGGAUCUUUGCUGUCAGGCAGUGAACGUCCAGCGCCGGGCAGAAGAGGGCUCUCCUAGAAGGCUUCGGGGUUUUGCUUUUUAUUUUUAUUUUAUCCUUUGGGGGGUGGGCUGGGGAUAUGGAGAGGCAGGAAACGUCCUGUGAGUGGUGUUCAGUGUCACAUCCUUUAUGCCUUUGUCUCAUUUCUGCACCGGGGAGAAGCAGCAUCCUUGGGGGCCCUGCCGGACCACUGGUGACCGGUCCCGCUGAGGCCGGGGGGCUGCUCCAUGUGGGUGCCCUCUCUGCACGGAUCGAGAUAGUCCUUCCCACGUGUACUUUUGUGAUUGGGAGACAGGAUUCCAAACCCCCAGAGAGGGCACCAGCUUUGGAGCUCACAGGGCGAGGUAUCUAGGGGGUGUGGGAAGAGGCACACGGAGCGCUCGCCGGGGGGUCGUUUCAGGAAUGGGAUAGAGGGUAGCUAUUUAAAAUAAUUAAAAACCAUUGUCCGUCCCUACCAGUGGAGAAAAAUAGGUUUAAUGUUUGCUGGUCAGACAAAGGGGCCGGAACCACGGGGCCGGGGAGACUCAGGCUCCGUCCUGGCCCCCAUCCUUGCUAACGUCCUGCCACGAGCAGGCUGGUUCUAUGUACAGCGGUGCUGGUUUAUUUAGAGUUCAGCAGUAACUCCAGAGAUUUAUCUUGUCUUUGUCCUUCCCUUCGUCCACGUGGCCCAUCUGUUUGCUGCCGUGACCUUUGGUCUCGUUGAGGACUAAUGAACCGGGAUCCUUUCCUUACCCCCUCCCCAUUGUGGCUCAGCCCAGAGUAGUCUGUGUGUCACACCGGGGUCUCUCCUUUGCAAGCAAUUCUCUUUGAAGCCCCAUUUUUUAAAUUUUACACUCCUAGCCUCAAAGGGGUCUACUGAGAUGUCGAAGAACAGCCAAAAAAGGGCUGUUGGGUUGCUGCUUUUGAAAAAUGACAAUUAAACGUGCAGACUCCGCUUC